AUGUGCAGCUCCGAUAUCUUCCUGGCGAUCCUCGCCGUCCUCUUCCCACCCAUUGCUGUCUGGAUCAAGGCGGGAAUCUGCACCGCAGACUCCUUCAUCAACAUCGCCCUCUGCCUGCUGGGCUACAUCCCGGGUCUCAUCCACGCAUGGUAUAUCAUCAUGAAAUACCCGGACCACGACUACGACGAUGUAGCCUACGAACCCAUCCCCGGCGGCUCCAGCCAGCGCCGCGAUCUCGAGAACGGUCGCGUGACGUAUUACUAUGUCUCACACCAGCCUCUUCAACACCCCUCCCAGCGACAGUCCUACGGCACCGUCAACCAGCAAGGCCAGCAGGAGAACGCUUCGUCGAAUGCGCCCAAGCCGUCUGAUCACUCCCAGCAAGGUGCUGGAGCUGGCAAUGGCGAAGGAGGGUCUGAGGCUCGACCGCCACCUACCUAUGCUGAAGCUGUGAAGGGCGAUAACAAGAUUCAGUCCCGGGAUUAA